AUGCUGUCCGAAGAUGGUAAUCCUUGCUCAGCGCCCCUUUCGCCUGAUCUAACAAAGACUGAACUCCUUGCAAGACUCACGGAACGGAUUGAAAUAUGGGAGUCUCCCGAAGACCUGACAAGGCUGUAUCCAUCGACCGUGAGGUCCACGUUCCACGGUUUCGACUCAUCGGAGGUGAUUGCACUGAAUGAGUUCCUUGCUCAAGACGACCAUGGUCCAGGAUACCCGCCUGAGCGCUUCAACGAGUAUGAACUCGACGACUUUUGUGUCUAUUGCGCGCCUACGCAUCGACAUCUACAAGGUCAAUUCGAUUAUUUGAGCAUCACCAUGUCCGAACUCUCACCAAAGGAAAACUAUUCGUCUGGCGCCGCCCAACCAUAUUGGCUUGUUAAUGGCGUGCUCCGGUACAAAGGGAUCACACGCCAGAUUGUGGCCGCGGAAGUCGUCGCAGUUGAGAUGGGCGAGCUUGAACACCUUGAAGCCCAUUCGGCUGAGGAUUCCAUCUGGAUAAUGACUGUUGAAAGCCAGAAGAAGAACUACUGGUAUCGCUUGAAGACGCCUUCGAACGCAUACCUGUCCUAUUGGACGACGUUUACAUGGCUUGCGGACUUUGCCAAAUUCUUCAUCGACUAUCUCUACAUCUGUCGCGAGACCGGCACCGACGUCCACCUGUCGCAUUUCCGAUACCAGUUCUGGGUGUGGCUUCAUGGUCUUCGUGGACACAAACUACAGAAGUGGCAUGCUCAGUGUGCAAAUCAGACCGACUUUCGCCAGCACGUCCUUUCACACGCUCUGUUUUUGUAUCAACAGGCCUGUUCACUGGGUCAACAAGGUCCGCGCAUGUCACACCCUAUAUGGGCCGAGAUUGGCGCUGUUACUGGGACUCAAGUCUCCCAAGCAACGGCGAAGGCGAAGAAGACCCUUGUGACACGCAACGUCGCUGCUUCGUUUGCACGCUUUUUAGCCUGGCAGAAACAUGACCUGCUUGAGAUCACUCAGCUGUCUCUUCAGGCAGAAGCGUACCGUACCAGUAAGAUGCAGCAGUGGGAGUUUCCCGUCAAGUUGCGUAACAACAACGACACAUUCAUCACCAUGAGCAAUGGCUCACAGGUCUCCAAAGCAGCUAUGAUCCUGGAAGAAGCUGGAGAGGAAAACCAGCCGGUUUUCGUUUCCAACCCCCAAGAUCUGGUUGGACAAAUCGUGGUUAUGCGAACAAUGGGCGAUGCCUACGGACAAUGGGAGUUCAGCUAUGCCUGGGUCAAGAAGGCUACCAGCGAGCUGCUCAGAGUGAUAUGGUUGGCGCUCCCUGCCGACACAAUAUGCGGGUCACCGGGCGAUCCAAAAGUGUUCUACCCCGUGGGCAACGAGCUGUUUUUCAGUGAUCGCUGCAGUUGCGAGACAGUCUCUAUCCAAGAAGUUGUGCGGAUUGUCUCAGCCUCAGUGUGUGAACGCCGUCCUGCAGACAAUGCUGAGUUAUUCGUUCAAUCACUUUACCGUGAAGAGGAGGAAACCAUCACCACUUUGGCAGCAUCGGAACUUAUGUCUUGUCAAUGUCUAACGCACGAUCAGAACUGGACUGCAAAUAGGCAGCAGCAGCACGUCCCUAAGGAACGUGGCGACAGACCCAGACUCCGCGGUCUGAGUCUCUUUAGCGGAUGCGGUCUCUUUGACCAUGCGUUCACCUCCAAAGGCAGCAGUGAAAUCGUCUACGCGAUUGAACACUGCGAAAUCGCGACACGAAGCUACAAAGCCAACGACGUUCUCAACACCACUCACAUGACAAUUGGAUCGGUGGAGGACGUGUUCGAAGAUUUUGCCCUGGGACGACAGCCUAUGCCUGACAUCGACUUCAUCAUCGGUGGAUUCCCUUGUCCCUACUACAGCUCGAUGAACUGCUUCAGAGACUCCCAGAAGGGCCACAAAGAUGGUUCCCUCCUGGCCAAUAUGCUCUCAUGGAUUGAACUCUUUCUGCCACCGUAUGUGUUGAUGGAGAAUGUGCCCAACAUGGACCGACUGCGGCCGAACGCAUGUCGACAGGCAAUAUGCCAUCUCGUGGCCCUGGGUUAUCAAGUCCGCAAAUCGAUUCACACUGAUGCCAGCUUAGGCGGGGCGUCCAUUCGAGAGCGACUAUUCAUCGUGGCCGCUGCCCCGGGCGUCCUCCUCCCAGACGACCUGGUGGACACGCAUGGUCCUGCCGGCUCAGGCCUUCGCAAGAUCCGCACCGUGGCUGAAACAAUCGGGGGCCUUGAAGCAAUCACGAACGAUAGCUGCAUCAACGUCAAAGACACGAGCCACGUGCCUCUCCACCGUCUCGGCCUGGAUUUCGCCCGACACGUCAGUUAUCGCAGCCUUGUCCGCCAGAUCCCGACCGAGCCCAAAUGCAUGUCCCUUGCCCAGACAUACUACGACAAAGGUCUGCUUCCUCAUCAACGCCGAUUCUUCGAGCAGGGGCUCCACGCCGAGAAGCAGGCGCGGACCUCGAGGACUCUCAAGCGCGUCGAUCCAGACACGCCGUUCCGCACUGUCUGCACGAUCAUCUCGCCUCUGGACGCCAGAGUUGGCGGACAUAUCAUCCACCCGACUCAGCAUCGCACUUUAUCUCUGAAAGAAGGGGGGCGCAGGGCUAUGGGAGUGCCCGAUUCCUUUCUGCUCGCUGGGUCGGUGGAAGAACAGUACAAGCAGUGUGGCAAUGCGGUUCCUUGGGCCAUGGGGGCGGCGUGGGGCCGGAAUUUCUCUCGUGCUUGGUUCGCGUCUCUGGAUAGGAGAUCGCCAGCACAGAAUGAGGCUUUGCCAGUGGAAGUGAUGAAGCCUGAGCAAAGUAACGAAGACGUGUCUUGCGAUGUCGCGCCAUCGGGGAUGGAGAAAGGAGACGAGCAUGUCGCUACGCAGAAGCAGAAGCACAACGAGACGGGAAGCGGUGUCCCAACGUCACUGGAAUUACGGAAUCAUCAUGAUCUCGUUGGUUAUCACGGUGGCAGCGACAACGACAGUGAUUCUUCGGUGGAGAUACUCGAGGUCAGACCGGUGAAAAGACCUUUCGUCCCAUCAGUCAUUGAGAUAGAAGACGAGGUAGUCGCCAUGCCAAACCAGACGCAGAAGCAAAGUGGUGUUUUGGAAGUACCUGACCAUCAUGACGACGAAGAUGAUGGCAGUGACAGCGACAAUCACAGUGAUGGUUCAAUUGAAAUCAUCCACGUACGGCCGGCGAAGAGGCCCAGAGCAUUUUGA